GGUUUACAAUCAAAACAUUAUCACACAGAGAGCCAGAGGCAAUAACUUCGGGUAAAUCCGACCGUUCGUGAUAUCUGGUUUAGGCGAAAUAAACUGGAAAUACGUCACUUGCACUGGGUGUAUGUGUAUGCGAUUCGAUUCUCAAAGCGAAGCCCGUCGGAUCAACUCAAGUUGCCUUAGUUUAAUACGAGUCUCCGAUCGGUAUUGACUGACAAGCAGCAAUACGGUGUGAAUCAUUCUAAUGACUGCUAGUCAGAUCUUGAUCUUAGUUACGCUAAUUGGCGUUUUAAGCGUAACGAUCGUGCAGAGUCAAUAUCAGAGCACUUGUAGAACACCGGUCAAUGAGCUGGGGACAUGUGUCUUUGUUGCAGAAUGUUUGUUUAUACGACAGGUUCUACAAAAACCGAUUCUCGAUAACAACGACAUUCGCUUCAUUGAAGCAAGCCGAUGCGGAACACAUGACAGAAAAGCUCUGGUGUGCUGUGCCAAGCCAUCGGGUGGAUCCCCUGCAACACCGGUCAGCGCUAAACCGGCGGCGGCAGUGGCUAGUCGGGUUGACAAUGUUCCAGUGAAUUUUAGCAAGCUGGGCUUACUGCCGAAGGCUCCCGUUUGCGGUAUCCAAUACAGUGAUAGAAUUGUAGGUGGUGAGCGAACGAAAAUCGACGAGUAUCCAUGGACGGCUCGGAUUCAACAUUUUGAUAGACGCUCUAAUGACUACGCUUUCCAUUGCGGAGGAUCGUUGAUCAAUGAGUUGUACGUUCUAACGGCGGCUCACUGCACCGUAGGAAUUCCCAAGGCAUGGACCAUCUCCGCUGUCCGUUUGGGUGAAUGGGACACCACCGCUGAUCCGGAUUGCGAUGAGCUCGAUCCCACCGAUUGCUACGAUCCGGUGCAGGACAUACGGGUCGAGAAAAGCAUCCCGCAUGAAAACUUUAUCAGCUCAAAAUCGGAAGUCCACAACGACAUUGCCCUGCUACGGCUAGCGCAGAAAGCACGCUACUCGGAAACGGUGGUACCGAUUUGUCUACCACUGGAACCAGCCUCUGCCAACCGUCCGUACGAAUCGGUGAAGUUGUUUGUGGCUGGCUGGGGUCAAACGGAAACCGAUCGUGGCAGCCGGUACAAGCUGUUCGUGGGGGUCAACGGUGUAUCGCAAGCUGCCUGCCGGGAGCAGUAUCCGAUGGCAAAUAUAGACGAUCGGCACAUCUGUGCUGGCGGAGAGGCCGGUAAAGAUUCCUGUAAAGGAGAUUCCGGAGGACCACUCAUGGACGUGGUCGCUUCUGAGCAGGGACAAGCGGUAUACUACCUUGCUGGAGUGGUCAGCUUUGGAAGGCAAUGCGGCACGAGGGGUGUCCCUGGUGUAUACACCAAGAUAAGCAAAUUCGUGAGUUGGAUAUCGAACCAUAUUGAUCCCUAGAUUUUAUUAGCAUUAACAUUCUGAAA